AUGAAGUCAAUAUUACAGGUAGACACAACGUUUGGAGGUAAGGUGGUAGUUCUUGGAGGAGAUUUUAGGCAGAUUUUACCAGUUGUACUCAAAGCAUCAAGGCAGGACAUAGUACAUUCUACGGUAAACUCCUCUCCGUUGUGGCAUUUCUGUCGUGUCAUGAAGUUGAGUAAGAACAUCACAUUGCAGUCAUGUUCUUCUCCAUCUAAUGCGGACGAGGUAAUAGAAUUUGGGGACUGGAUACUGAAGGUUGGCAAUGGGGAUGUUAGGGAAAAAAAUGAUGGUGAAGCUUCGCUAGAGAUUCCCGGGGACAUGCUGAUAGGUGAUUCAGAAGAUCUAUUCAGAGACCUACUGAACUUCUUUUAUCCCGAUUUGUUGAGUAACAUGUAUGAUCCAGAUUAUUUUCAAGGGAGGGAAAUUCUUGCACCAACUAAUGAAUGCGUCGAGUCUGUGAACGAUCACUUAAUCUCUCUCCUUCCAGGUGAGGAGAAGGUGUACCUGAGCUCAGAUAGUAUGUGUAGGGACGAGCAAACAACGGAGGAUAAUGCAGAAAUCUAUUCAACUGAAUUUCUCAACACAAUAAGAUGUUCGGGGGUUCCUUCUCAUGUAUUGAAGUCCAAGGUUGGUCCAAGCAGAUGA